AUGGCUGGGGCUUUCUUAACUCAGCUUGUCACAAUCGAAUUACGGGAAGACGAAAGUUGCAUGAUUUGUAUGGAGGCAUGCGGCGCUACCCUUUCCGAGAACAGAGCUGCCGAGAAAGCCGUCUGUCUACUCUGCGGUCACGUUAUUGGCUCAAGGUGCAUCACAAUAUGGCUUUCCCCAGAGAACAGUAACCAGAAUUCUUGCCCUUACUGUCGAUGCGAGCUUUUCGUCCUCACCCAAAAAGGGAAAAAUGUCGACGAUGAGGACGAGGAAGAAGAUGAACCUGCGUGGCGCUACCGCCUGUGGCGAAAAGAGUGGGACGUCGUCCAAGGAACACUAAACACACAGGGCAAUACAACCCUCGAAGCGCAAUGGCUACAGUGGCGGAGGGACUGGAACACGGCAGCAACUCGGUUGGAGCAAGGCAGCAUGGAAAGAGCGACGGCGGCACGAAAUUUGCUUCAGACCCAGCUAGGACUGUCGCAAGGGUUCUUCGAUGGACUCGGAACCGAAUGGCCAAUUGCGGAGGUCGCGUUAUCUCUUCAGACCAUGCGCUUCAGGGAAUGCCGCCUUUACAACCAGUUCGCCGCUGGUUCUUCUCAGUACUUGCAAACUCCGCCUGACCGGUCGAUUUCGAAGAAUCAGGAAAGAUAG